CUGAGGAGAUCGCUCGGCUUAGCGAUGAGCUGCAGAAAGAGCAGUCGGAGCGGGCCGCCGUUGCCGCUGCCUGGGCAGCUCAGGCGCCAGAAGAGUUCGCUGCCGAGGCCUUGCCAGACCGGGAGACAGCCAUCCGCUUCUUCCAGGGUUUAUACAAGCAUCCGGUAUCGGCCGGCCUGGUGGACGAGAUUGGGACCUACGGGUUCGAAAGCGGCCAGUACUCAGAGCGGAAGGCCCUCUAUGGCAUCCUUGCGCAAAGGGUUCAAAGCUUCCAGCCCAAGGUCCUUUCUCUGCCCGAGCUCCAUGACGAGGCGCCGGUCCCUCCAUUUCCUGGGAUCUGAAAUCCCCGGCCUUCUUCUCUCUUUUUUUUUUCAUUUUCUGAUGUAAUGAUAUGCCUCCGGGCACUUUUGUAAAACAUUGAAGUAUUAAUGAAAAUCUUUUCUAUAUUAUGUGCUGAGCACUUUUCCCAUAUCUCAUAAAUUGUUCAACCGUUU